UAUUAAAUUUUAUGUGUGCAAUCUUAUCAGUUGUAUGUGUGUAACUCUGCAUAUAUGCAGAUACAUGAGUAAGACAGAGAAAGAAUAUGCAAUUAAAAUAUUCUGAUCUAAUAUUGAAGAAUGGCUGGAAAUUUUUGGCAAAGUUCUCACCAUCAACAAUGGUUACUUGACAAACAAGAUUUAGUACGAGAACGACAGCAUGACUUAUCUAUUUUAACAGAAGAAGAAUAUCAAAAACUUUUUAUCUUUUUUUCCAAUCUUAUUCAAGUAUUAGGUGAACAAUUGAAAUUAAGACAGCAAGUAAUUGCUACUGCGACAGUAUAUUUUAAAAGGUUCUAUGCUCGUAAUAGUUUGAAAUGUAUUGAUCCUCUAUUAUUAGCUCCUACAUCAGUCUUCUUAGCUUCAAAAGUUGAGGAAUUUGGAGUUAUUUCUAAUACAAGGCUAAUAACAACUUGUCAAACAGUAGUAAAAAACAAAUUUAAUUAUGCGUACUCUCAAGAAUUUCCAUAUCGUACAAAUCAUAUUCUUGAAUGUGAAUUUUAUCUUUUGGAGCAUUUAGAUUGUUGUUUAAUUGUAUACCAACCAUAUAGACCUCUUUUAAUUCUUAUUCAAGAUGUAGGACCAGAUGAUCAAUUAUUAACAUUAGCUUGGCGUAUUAUAAAUGAUAGUUUACGUACAGACGUAUGUCUUCUUUAUCCACCAUAUCAAAUAGCUAUUGGAUGCUUACAAAUUGCAUGUGUAAUAUUACAAAAAGAUCUCAAAUCAUGGUUUGCGGAAUUAAAUGCAGAUAUGGAAAAAAUUCAAGAAAUAGCUCGUUACAUUAUAAAUUUAUAUGAAUUGUGGAAAACGUAUGAUGAAAAGAAGGAGAUACAGGGGUUAUUGUCUAAAAUGCCUAAACCAAAAGCAGCACCACAACGCUGACAUCCAGUUCCUUCGGCAUCGAAUAUGUGGGAUUGAUGCUAAACAGUGUUACAUAUUAACCAAGUAUUUCUGUUAAGGAUUAAUAACCUUGACAUUAAAUACUAUUCUUAUAUAAAACUAUACACAAUCUGUGAUAUAGACUUUAAAAUUAUCACUAUCAUAAUUAGUGUGUUGAUAAGCAUCCAAUUUAAUUACAAUUAUCAUUAAAUAAAUAUAAAAGAGCAAAAAAUAAAACGAUAAAUUUUAUUGAUUAAGACGUCGGAUAUAAUGGUAAUUACAUGCUCUUUUUUUAUUAUUAUUAAUUUUUAUUAUCAA